GAAAGAAGAUUUGUUUCCUUAUAUCUAAAUCAUUAAUUAACUCCAUUAUUUUUGUUGAUAAAUCUUUUGAGCCUUUUGUUUCUUCUUCCUCGGAGAACCUCAAAAGCAUGAAGCGAUUGAGGGACGAUGUAUAUUAUACACCACCAUUUAAACGGUCAUUUUGUUCUUUCCAUGGAGAAUCAAUUGAUAUUCUUGCUGCCAUAGCCCAAGUGAAAGACUUGUUUGAAGGGCAUCCUAGUUUGAUCCUUGGAUUUAAUGCUUUCCUUCCCAAUCGCUAUGAAAAAAUCUUCAAUGAUGAAGACACGGCUCCUCUGAAGAAAACAACUUACAAGGAACAAGCACUCAAAAGCAUGGAGAAAUUGAUAGACAAUGCAUAUGAUACACCACCAUUUAAGAGGCCAUUUUGUUCUUCCCAUGGAGAAUCGUAUGUCGGCCGUAUAGAUGUAGUUGUUGCAUUGUCUUAUUUGAGAGAUGUUAGGGACAUGUUUUCGGACCAAAGAGAGAAGUGUGAAAAGUUUCGUGAUGUUAUGAAAGACUUAAAGGCUAAAAGAAUUGAUACUGUUGGUGUCAUAGCAAGAGUGAAAGAAUUGUUUAAAGAGCAUCCUAGUUUGCUCCUUGGAUUCAAUGCUUUUGUUCCUAAUGGCUAUAAAAUAAUCCUCAAUGAUGAAGACAAGGAUCCUCCAAAGAAACCAGCUGGUCAGGAACAAGCACUGAAUCUAGUGAACAAAAUAAAGCAGAAACACUUAGGAAAUAACCAUGAGUUCAAAUCCUUCCUGAAUAUUAUGAGAGAGUGUAGGAAGGAGAGCAAGGACGUCAAAGAGGUGUACCAUGAGGUUGCCGUACUUCUCAAUGAUCGUCCAGAUUUGCUAGAUGAGUUCUCUAGAUUCUUGCCAGAUUCAGUUACUACCAAUCCAUUGUCUAAUUUGGAUGACGAUAAAAUGUUGAUGAAGUGAAGUGUAGCACUUUUGCUGUGCUCCUCGGGUCAAAUUUAUAGAGUUGCUAUAUUUAAUUUAAUAGAAUAGCAUAUUUCAAAUUAUUAAAUGGAAAACUUAGAUUAUUUUAUUUAAUUAUUCACCAUUUGUUUUCUUGCAGUCCUGCAUCAUUUACUUGAUAUCAAACUUUUACCAUAUGUGAGGUAUAUUAUUUGGUUUUCA